UCCACUUGGCGUGGACAUCAUCACCGUCGAGAAGCGUAUUCUCCAACAACGAUUGUUACGAUUUACCGGAAAUUUUAAUGUGGAAGUGCUGUGUUUAUAGUGAAAAUGGUUAAGUUUGGACUAAUAUUAAUUGUGGUGGUCGUAAAUUUUUGUGUCGCGACCGAUUACAAUGUAACCGAAUACGUCAAAUCGCUUCCCGAUGAUAUUAAAUACAUUGUAGAAAAGGCAUUGUUAUUAGAAAAAGUAGAAACGACAAUGAACUGCAUACAAGUUGACGAAAGAACUUGUCCCGCUAUGAAAUUUAGAGAACCAUCGGGAAAAUGUAAUAAUGUUAGACAUCCGAAUUGGGGUGCGAGAGGACAGAAAUUAUUAAGAUUAAUAAGACCUAAUUAUGCCGAUGGCACUUCAUUUCCUAUAAAUCAUUAUCCAUCAUAUUUACUACCUGAUUCACGAUAUGUGAGUUCAAUUCUCCGAAAAAAUCCGAAAAAUAAACAUGAAUCCGUGACUGCUUUAUUAGCGGCUUGGAGCGAAUUAUUAUUACACGAUCUAACCAGUACUGGUACUUUGAAAAAUCCGCAUUGUUGUGAUAAAAACAAAAAACACGAUGAAUGUUACAACAGUUAUCUAAAUGAAGAAGAUUGUCUAGAAUAUAUGAGAACAUUACCGUCUAUUGAUAUAAAACAUUGUAAAUUCGAAUUCAGAGAUCAGAUGAAUUUGGCAACAUCAUUUUUGGAUGCAUCCUCAAUUUACGGGAAUACCUUAGACGAUAUGAACAAGAUUCGUUUAUACGAAGGAGGUAGAAUAAAUGAAUCAAAUUGCACUACUUGUUUUUCAAAUCCUUUGUAUACUGUUUUAAUGGAAGAACACAACAGAAUAGCCAGAGAGCUAAAGAAUAUAAAUACACAAUGGAAAGACGAUGAUCUCUUUUAUGAAAGUAGAAGAAUUGUAAUAGCGGAAAUUCAACAUAUUACUUAUAAUGAGUUCUUACCGCUCGUUCUAGGAGAGGAAACCAUGACGGAAUUUGAUCUUGGAUUGAAAAAAUAUGGUAGAUUUUCAAAAUAUUCGAGUAAAAAUCGAACUGGAAUAUAUAAUGAAGCUGCCGUAACGGCUUUGCCGAUAUUACUAUCGUUGUUACCGCAAUCACUGACCAAGAUAAAUUCCGGGAGUUAUUCAGAUAAGGUAAUUGACCUAAUUAGAAAUCCUGCUUUAAUACCAAAUGCACAAAUAUAUGUGACGUUACGGAGCAAUUGGGACACUUUUGCACUUCUUCUUCAUAUGAGUAGAGAUCAUGGUAUUGCACCGUAUACAAAAUAUUUAAAAUUAUGCAACAAACCUUUAAAAACCAUCGAACGUUUUACCGAUUUAGAAAUAUUUCGAAUCCAGAAAUCAAAUUUAGUACAUUUAGAACAAUUAUAUAAAAACCCUAACGAUAUUGAUCUUAUAGUCGGAGCCAUUUUAGAAGAACCUUUACCAGGUUCUUUGUUGGGUCCAACUUUUAACUGUCUUUUGAAAAAACAAUUCCAACUUUUAAGAGAAUCAGACAGAUUUUGGUACGAAAACGAUUUACCACCUAGUUCUUUCACUAACAAUCAAUUGAAAGAAAUCAAGAAAACAACUCUUUCUAGUAUUUUGUGCGCUAACGUUCCGGAACUUUAUAAAUUACCUCCUAAAGUAUUUAUACAGGAAGAUAUAUUUUUAAAUUCUGGCAUAUCUUGUGAUCAAUAUCAACUCCCACAAUUAACAGAAUGGACAAAUCAAGAAAACGAAUCUGAUAUUAAUGAGUACGUACUAAAGGAAGCUCUAGCUGAAGCUCAAAAAGAUCUCGUGGAAAGGAGAAAGAUGGAAUAUAAAGUUUGGAAUGAACUAGGGGGCGUUAACCCAAAGUCUCCUCAAGGUACAGCGGUAGCUUUCAGUAAAGCUAGCAAAGACGCUCUUCAACUAGCUAAUAGUUCCCUACUAUUUGAGUUGACUUCUAACAAAAUUAUCGAUACGCUUAUGCAUCGUAGAAGAAAACGACAAGUUUUUAUCGAUGAAGAAUUACCAAUUUUAAGGAACGAAUUGACGGAAAAUCUUAAAAAUAUAGAUAUAAACAUAUAUUUAUCAGAUUUACACCAACAAAUGAAACCUAAUGAAGAUUGUGACGAAAAAGAAAUUUGCGAUUCGACGUCUCCUUUCAGAACCUAUACAGGAUAUUGUAAUAAUUUGAAACAUCCCCAUUGGGGAAACUCCCUAAGUCCUUUCAUUAGAAUGUUACCUAGCGCAUAUGAAGAUGGUAUAUCAAAAGCUAUAGUGACUGGUGUUAGCGGUUUACCUCUUCCGAAUCCUAGAAUAGUAUCAAGGAUAAUUCAUCCUGAUAUAAGUAAUAUUCAUUCUAAAUAUACUUUAAUGACGAUGCAAUUCGCUCAACUGUUAGAUCACGAUAUAACACUUACACCUGUUCAUAAGGGUUUCGAGGAAUCUAUACCAGAUUGCAGGUCGUGCAACAGUCGUUUUACUGUACAUCCGGAAUGUGAUCCGUUACCAAUACCUCCCGGCGAUCAUUAUUAUCCAGAAUUUAACGUUAAAACAGGCGAAAGAGUAUGUCUCCAUUCGAUGAGAUCUUUACCGGCUCAACAACAUUUGGGUCCUAGAGAACAAAUGAAUAUGAACAGUGCUUUUCUUGACGCUUCUAUGAUUUACGGGGAGAAUCCUUGUAAAGCGCGAAAAUUAAAAAGUAGAUUAGGUAUUAUGAAUUAUACUAAUCAUCCUAUUAAAGGCAAACCCCUGCUACCCCAAAGUUCACAUCAUCCUGAAUGUAAAUCGCGUUCGGGAUUAUGUUUUAUCGCAGGAGAUCCGCGCGUUUCUGAACAACCAGCUUUGGCAACGAUCCACACAAUAUUUAUGCGAGAACAUAACAGAAUAUCGGAAAUUUUAUAUAAAUUGAAUCCUCAUUGGGACGAAGAUAAUAUUUUCGAGCACGUUAGAAGAAUUGUGACGGCCGAAUUCCAACAUAUAACUUACAAUGAAUUUUUACCGAGACUUUUAGGCUGGAACGCUAUGAAUUUGUACGAACUCACUUUAUUACCUAAUGGAUAUUUUAAAGGUUAUGAUCCUGAUUGUAAUCCUACGGCGUUUAAUGAAUUUGCAGCCGCCGCUUUCAGGAUAGGCCAUUCUUUAUUGAGACCACAUAUACCUAGAGCGAAUGCUAAUUACGAAAUCGUCAAUCCACCCAUACUUCUAAGAGAUGGUUUUUUCAAAAUGGACAUGAUGUUAAGAGAAAACAUGGUGGACGAAAUUACAAGAGGACUUAUUUCGACACCAAUUGAAAGUAUGGAUCAAUUUAUAACAGCUGAAGUAACGAAUCACCUUUUUGAAGAUAGGAAAAUACCAUUUUCAGGAAUUGAUUUAAUUUCGAGAAACCUUCAAAGAGCUAGAGACCACGGAAUUCCAUCUUAUAACAAUUAUAGAGCUUAUUGUAAUUUGAAGAGAGCUACGACUUUUGAAGAUCUUCAUCGAGAAAUGACUCAAGAUAGUAUUGCUAAAUUGAAAAGUAUAUAUGCAUCGGUUGAUGAUAUAGAUUUAUUUCCGGGUGGAAUGAGCGAAAUAGCGGUGAAAGGUGGUAUGGUAGGACCCACUUUCGCCUGUAUUAUUGGUAUUCAAUUUAGACAAUUGAAGAAAUGUGACAGAUUUUGGUACGAAAACGAUAAUUUUGCGACGAGGUUCACAGAACAACAAUUAGCCGAAAUAAGAAAAAUUUCGUUAGCGAAAAUUCUUUGCGAUAAUAUGGAUGUAGCAAAUUAUAUUCAACGUUACGCGUUCGAUUUACCAUCGAAUUUUUUAAACCCCCGAGUACCUUGUCAUUCGCUACCGUCUAUUAAUAUUCGUGCUUGGAAAGAAUACGGGGCUCAUAGAGGAUGUUUAAUCGGAGAUAAAUAUGUGGCAGUUGGAGAGUCUAAUUUCCCGAGUCCCUGUUCCGCUUGUACUUGUACACCACAAGGAGGAAAUUGUGCCUCUUUAAGAAUAGCCGACUGUCAUAAGUUGAUUAGAUUUUGGUCGAAACGAGAAAUUUUGAAAGAUGAAGUUUGUACAGCCCAAUGUGGUUACCUAUUAUCUAAAUUAGAUUCAUCAUCAGCGCACGAAUUCCGACAACACUCGAUCAAUUUUCUUAGGAAUAAACCACAAUUUCCACCGACCAAUCUAGACAAUUCCAACGAUUUCGAUCUUAUAGAUUUUUCAUAUUUGUUAAAAAAAUGAACUUCGUUUCUAACGAUAUAGCGUGUUCAAUAAUCACAAUCUGUAAAUGAGCAAUAUUGAAAAUCGUUUUUAAGAACAAUCAAUAAGACAAUAAAAUUAAUAGAUGAUCUCAUUAUAAAAAAGUAUUUAGAACAUGAAUAAUUCGGAAAGAAAAAAUUAAAAUUAUUUAGACAUACUACAAGGAAAUAAAAACUUCCGCAUAUGUUAAAACAAAUACUUUUUUGGGUAAAUUUGCGUAGAUAUACGUUUUAUUUUUAAUUUUUUUUUCAAAUUAAAGCUGUAAAUACACUUCUUUAUUCGGGUGCUCUUCAGAUUAGUCACCUGUUAAGAUUAAUUAUACUUCCGUGUUAAACAAUUGCGUAAGAACAUUGAUUCAGCAAUAGCAUUGAUUUUUUUAAUAGAAAUUUACUUCAUCAUUUAGUCAGUAACAUCAUCAUCAUAAUUCGCAGUUAUAGCUCCAUUUUAUUUUGUCAUUAAUUGCAUUUAUACAGGGUGUUACUCAAUUUCGACUUUACUAUGAAUUUAGUACAACGAAAUAUGAAUAAUUUGUAAUAUAUAUUUAGCUUUAGAUAUUUACUUUCACUAUAACUAAGUAUUGUAUAUAUAUUUUCUCAUUUUAUAAAAACCAAACUGUGAUUUAGCCUGAAUGUAAAUUGAAUGGACACAAUUACCCUUGUGCCAAAUAAAUAUUUUAAACACU